UGAUGCAAGCGCCCCGGAGCCACAGAACAGCAGCAGCAGCAGCAGAAGAAGAAGAAGAAGAGCAGGCGCCCCACCAGCAGCAGGGAAGGAAGCAGCUCUCUCCGCCGCGUCCCGGAGAGCUCCCCUGCCUUUGGGCACUCCUCGCCUUCGGAGUCUGCAAGUCCUGGGAAAAGGAAAGGAGAAGAAGGGCUGGAGGAGAGAACAGGGACAGCAAAAUGAUGCUCCAACAUCCAGGUCAGGUGUCUGCUUCAGAAGUCAGUGCUUCUGCAAUUGUUCCAUGCUUCUCUUCUGCAAUCUCACUGGGUUUUGAAGACUUCACAAAUUUAACUCCAUUGGUGAAAGAAGAGUUAAGGUUUGCCAUCCAGAAUAAGUGCCUGUCCCACAGGAUGCCUUCCAACUUGGACACAGUUAUGGUUUCUGAUCGAUCUGGUGAAAUGUCCAUAUUGAAAGCAGAGUGUGCACCUGAAGAAGAUGAAAGGAAAAGGAGAAGGAGGGAAAGAAACAAGAUUGCAGCAGCCAAGUGUCGAAACAAAAAGAAGGAAAAAACAGAAUGUCUCCAGAAAGAAUCAGAAAAACUGGAAACCAUCAAUGCAGAACUGAAGGCUCAGAUUGAAGAGCUGAAGAAUGAGAAGCAGCACUUGAUCUACAUGCUCAAUCUUCAUAGGCCCACAUGUAUUGUCCGGGCUCAGAAUGGUAGGACACCAGAGGAUGAGAGAAACCUUUUCAUUCAGCAAAUCAAAGAAGGAACCUUGCAAGGCUAAGCAGCAAUGAUCAGAAGAGGCUAAGUGCCCCUAGGGCAGGCCAUUAAACACCAACAAAUCCAACACAGCACCUAUGCUGAAAGCCAUAGAGAAGCCUUCUUGGCAUUUGUGGCCUCCUGUUAGUCAAGUAAAGGCCAAGGAGGUGACAUAUUGCUAAGAGGAAAAGACUGUGUUAGCUUUUCUGCAGUUCUCCCUGUUGAAAGGACUCAACUGGGUGGAAGAGAGGCUGCUGCCUUCGCUUCAGGUUUAAGUAUCUGCCAUAGUUGCUAUUACUAGAAGCCAUACUCCCAACAACAGCUACAGACUUGUUAACUCUUGCUGGCACGCAGUACUUGCACUUGAGUGAUUUCUAGUAGAACACUAGGACUCAGAGGGAGGGAGGCACUCAUCAGGUGGGCAACCAGGGUGAAUGGGCAGGAAGUGUAGACACCGAGGAGUUGUUUUGUGUUUGCUCCCUUCAUUUUGUACUUUCAAAAGAAAAACUUUUGCAACUUCCAGAAUGAUGCUUUCAAUUCCAAAAGGCAUUGAAAUAUAAUGGGGAAUUAUGGUGUUUCUACAGCCUAGUGCAAUGUUUUAAGUUGAGUAUUGUACUCUUGUUUCUUAUUGUUGCUGAUUUUCACAGAAGCUUUUCCGUGGGUUUUUUAAUGACUCGUGGUAGAGGCAAAGUAUGCGAUGAUACAGCAGGCACUGGUUUCUUGCAGAAUUGCUUAUCGAAUGAAGUCUGAAUUUACUGAGCUGGAACAUUACCCCUUCCCUCUGGCUCCUUUUAAGAAGUAGGGGGGAAUUCCCCCUUGAGAACACAAUUCAUGAGUCAUACUUACAGUAUUCAAAAGACACUUAACAGUAUAACAAAUACAUGAUGAUAAAGAUCAACUUGAUUAUUGAGGCUCUCUUUGAUUCAUGGUUUGCCAUAUUCUUGAUACUUAACUUGCAAAUAUUUUUCUUGGCACCGCUUUUUUCAACCAAGAAAAUGUGGUAGUUAUUACUUUGCCUGUUGCUAAUCAGUAUCUAUGUGUUGGCAUAUAUACGUAUAUGCUGAAUUACUCAGUCAAUAGCUUUAUUAUUAUGCUAGGAACAAUGAAGGCAAAGUAACCAGCUGGGCUGUAGAACUAAGAUCAGGGCUACAAGGGACAAUUUCUCACAUCAUUGUGCAGAAAGUCUUUGUGGCAUAAUGGAUAAAGUGUUAAGGUAUGUCAAAUCUAGCUUCAAAUCUGCAUUAAUCCAUGAAAUGUUGCUGGUUGAUCUUUGGUCGGUCCCUCUGUUUCAAUCUGUGUUGCUCUGCAUUAACAGUAGAACUUGCACCUACAUAAAGAUACAGUAGUUUCAUUUAAAGUUGGGAUGGGCAUUCCCUACAGUUAAAUAAUUACUACCUUUUUCAAAGAAUAGCAGUGACUGCAUUCUGUUAAACUGGCAAUGAUAACCUUCACACUAAAAUUCCUUUAAAGUACUGUUCAUUUAGUUGGCUCAUAAAACCACACAGGGGAAAGGCAUUGCUAUGGAUAAAUUGUCUCAUUCCCUUUUCCAAAUUCCUGUGCCUAAAGUUUCUUGGUCUAGUGCAUCAGUCAGUCUGCAAACAGUCCAAAAAGGGAAUUGGCCCUGUAACAUACAUUCACUUCUGAUCUUGUUAAUGCAUAUGCAUCCUGGUUACUUUACCCCACAAAUAUGGCAUAGGUAUUUUGGGGGCAGAACUCUUACACAUGAUUUACCAAACUUUAACUUUCCACAUGUGUUGAGUUUUCUUGUGUUCUCACAAGCAGUUGAUGGGUUUAGCUAGAUCUGUAGGAUUCCUUGUUGCUUUACUAGUCUAUGUUCCUGUUGGUAAAUGCCACAUUUCAUUCUGCCAUUGUUUGUUCCUUACAAAUGGAUGUUAGCUGUAAUCAAUUUUAAACCUUACAGUAGAUGUUUAAUACCUCUGGCCUGGUCAGUUGCUUCUUUGAUCAGCUUAUUGUGAUUGCUUCUGACAUUUCUGUGAAACUCUGGUGUUGCACAGUCAUGACACGUUUUCAGGAAAAGAAAAGAAUGUCCAAAGAACAGCCUAGGUCCUGGAAUACACAAAGCUGCUUUUUAUAGUGUUAACAGCACUGCUCAUCUAGUCUGGGAAUCUAAUUGGUAGCAGUUUUUCAAGGACUCAGGUAGCAAAUGUUCCUAGCUGUGCUGUUCUACAUUCUUGCUUUAAGUUAAGAAACGAUGGGUUGAAUAUGAGACUUUCUGUAUUCAACACAUGUACUCUGUGAUUGAUCUAUGGUACUUCCCAGAGCAUUGAAAAGUUCUUUUUCUUUUUUCUUUCUUUUUGGACUACAACUCCCAAAAAACCCCAGCCAGGAUGGCCACAUACCAUGCUGGCUAGGAAGUUCUAGACGCUGUACUACAAACAAGAUUUCUUUUUAAAGUUCUGAUCCUUCCUCUGUUCCUGAUACCAGCCCCUCUUAAGUUGGUGCUCUGCAAAUGUGUUAACCUACUACUGCCAUCAACCUAGCUACCGAGCAUGAAGACAGCAAGUUAUAUAAGGCUGCCCUGUAGAUUUCUUUGCAUAGAUUAUCCUUUUUUUGGAGGGUGGAGAGAGGGUUGGUACCAAAUCAAAUAGUACAGUGUAGGAUGAAAAACACACCACCAUGGCCUCCUAUGUCUGAGUGAUGAUUUGGUAUCCUAUAUGUACUGACAUGCUGUUAAUUCCAAAAAUGUAGAUCAGGAUUUUUUUUAGUGGGUGGAGUAAUUCAAGAUGUUAUACCUCUUCUUACUCAGCAGGGCUAUUGGGUGCUUCCCAUGCUUCAGACAGAAUUAAGCCAUUACCUUGAAUACAGUAUGUCAUAAGUUUUCCUAGGAUUGCUACCAGUGUGAUCUAGUGGUUUGAGCAUUGGAUUACAACUCUAGAGACAAGGGUUUGAAUCUCUGCUUGGCCAUGGAAAUCUACCUUGGGGAAGUCAUACUAACUCAGUUUCAGAGGGAAAGCAAAGGCAAACACCCUCUGAACAAAUCUUGCCAAGAAACCCCUAUGAUAGCUGUAGGGUUGUCAUGGGUUUGGAAAUGACUUGAAGGUAUACAACACCAAGUCCUAAGGAGUCUAAAGGUUAAAGACAACAAAGGACAUUAAUGAGAGACGUGCAUGUGUUUUGCUGAAUAUUAUAGUCAUAAAGGGCAGCACUUCAGUGAAUGUCCACUAAUUGAGAAGAAAAGAAACAAUGCUUAGUUUGUGUGACUGGCCAUAUAUAUAGACUCACUUUUCCUAGAAAAAGGAGGUUAAACAAAAUCUGGCAGAUUCCAACAUUGUUAUGUUUUGAAGAACUGAAAUUUUGGCUCAUAAAAUCACAGAGGGGAAAAGCAUUGCUAUCGAGAAAUUGUCUCAAUUUUAGAGAUUGGAAGCUUUAAGAAUAUUUUGCUUUUAAAAGGCUGUUUUCAAACUCUAGUAGUGUGGUAAUGGCAAGCAUCUUUAAAAACCAAAUCCUGUCACAUCCCUAUCUGAAAUGAACUCCAUCUAGAAUUCAAAUACUGAUUUUUGAAACCUGAAGUAGAAGCUUUAGAACAUUAAUUUCUGUAUAUCAGAUUUCUUUAUGCAAAACUGAGUGUAAGGAAACUGCCCCUGCUUUUGCAUAGGUCUUUUCUGUUUUGUUAUGAAAGGGUUUUUUUUAGCCUGUGUGGUCUAUCUGUUUAAACUUAUUGGCACAAUCAGUGGUGUGGGCAGAGAAAUAUGCAGAAACCAAUGGCUGUUCCAGCUAUUUUGCAGUGUUAAAACAAGCCCAACCACACACACACAUACACAUGAUACCUCAGAAAAGUAGCAUCUGAAACUUGGACUCUCAAAUCUGACUAUUAGACUUGAGCCUGCUGCCUGUUUUAUCUUGCUUUGAUUUUUACAUUCUGCAACAGAACUGCUUGCCAACUUGGAUAUAUUCUAAUGUCCAAUGCUGUGUUUCAAAUGUAUAGUUUGUGUAACAAAAAAGGAAUGUAAUGGGCCAAAUUGUGUCUUGCUACAGAGUUAUUUUUCUUCCUGCAAAGUAAAUUCACUUUACUGUUGGGGAGUUUUUCCUCAUGUCAUGUUAAAACUACAUUUUAGUGGCCUCUGUAUUAACUGUGCAAUGAAUAGGGGGUGUGGUGGGAUGAGUGAAGGGAUAACUUGCCAUAUAACUAUGUGUAAUUUGCUAAACAGAAAUAUAUGUACUGUAAUUGGGUUUCUGUAAUGAUGCUGCAAAUUUUAGUGACUACCCUGGUUGGAUCCAAAGAACUGUGAGUGAAAGGCAAGUAGCAAGCUAACUAGAUCAGUUCUGUUACCGGGGAACCUACUUUAUAGAGGUGAGUCCUGUGUUUGAAGGCUUGUUCAGUCCAAAUAGAAAUGACGAAGAAUCCUAAGAACAUGGUUCUUAAAGAUGCCCAUGAAUGGACAGCAGACUGCGCAAGAGAAAUGGGUCACCUGAUCCAACUUUUGCCCACUUAAGGGAAAUAUUAUUGCUUUUCGCUUCUAAGUUACUCUUUCCAAAUAUGCUGCAUUGUCAGUAAUUUAGCAUAUGCAAAUGUUAUGUUAAUCAUUUCCUCCUUUUGUCUUGCUGUUGUUUUGCAUUGUGGCUGAUGCAUCCCCUCUCCAUCUAUUGCCAUCUUCAUUUUUUGUGUAAGACCUCCUAUGAAUGCAAGAGCAGCAUCUUUGGAUUGGAUUUUCCUUAGCUGAUGGGAUGUACUAGUGAGCUAUGAGACAUACCUUUCAUGAGCAGAGGAUAGCCUCCCCUGUGAGGAAGAAGGGCUUCUUGGGAUCCAACCAUGAGUCUGGUGGCAUAAGGGGUGGCCAACACUAGCUAAAGAUGAUACCGACAGAUGGCAUCUGCUGUGUCAAAGUCUCCCACUUUGUUCAUGUGUAUUUCAUAUGUUUCCAAGAGCAACCUGAUCCCCAAUAAACAUGAAAAAUGGGCUCUGA